AUGGCUCCAGAAAAUGAAAGCAACGGCCUUGACAACUAUGCAUUUGCACUUGAUGGGCGCUUUUGUGAUCUUCCCGAGAAAAAGGAUGGAGAUGAAUCACACAUAUCAGAAGAGGAGGACAAGGACAAGUUAGCUUAUUGCGUGACAGAUGUCCCACCCUGGUACCUCUGCGUCAUUUUGGGCAUUCAGCAUUGCUUGACAGCAUUUGGAGGGAUCAUUGCCAUCCCUCUGAUUCUGUCCCAGGGACUGUGUCUGCAGCAUGAUGGCCUCACCCAGAGCCACCUCAUCAGCACCAUCUUCUUCGUCUCUGGUUUCUGCACCCUGCUGCAGGUCACUUUUGGCAUUAGACUGCCCAUUCUCCAAGGUGGUACAUUCACGUUGCUGGCCCCUUCCAUGGCAAUGCUGUCCAUGCCAGAGUGGACAUGUCCAGCCUGGACCCAAAACGCCAGUUUGGUCAAUACGUCCUCUCCAGCCUUCGUAGAGGUGUGGCAGAGUCGAAUGAGAGCGCUGCAGGGUUCCAUCAUGGUCGGCUCCCUUCUCCAGGUCUUGGUGGGUUUCUCCGGUCUCAUUGGCCUUUUCAUGCGCUUCAUUGGGCCUCUCACCAUUGCACCCACCAUCUCGCUCAUCGGGCUGUCCCUAUUCGACUCAGCUGGCACCAGCGCUGGCAAUCACUGGGGUAUCUCUGCCAUGACCACAGUGCUGAUCAUCCUCUUUUCCCAGUACCUCCGUCACAUAGCAUUGCCUUUUCCCACAUACAGCAAGGAUAAAAAACUUCAUACCUCCCGGCUCUAUGUUUUUCAGAUUCUUCCUGUUCUCUUGGGUAUUACUCUGUCAUGGCUCAUCUGCUAUAUCCUGACAGUCUACAAUGUCCUGCCCUCCAAUCCAGAUGAGUAUGGCUACAUGGCCCGUACUGAUCUAAAAAAAGAAGUCGUAGGUCAAGCCCCCUGGUUCAGAUUCCCAUACCCAGGUCAGUGGGGGCUGCCAACCGUGAACCUGGCAGGGGUGGUUGGCAUCUUGGCUGGUGUGAUUUCCUCCAUGAUAGAGUCUGUUGGAGACUACCACGCCUGUGCCAGAUUAUGUGGGGCUCCACCCCCACCUAAACAUGCUAUCAACAGGGGUAUUGGGAUUGAGGGUCUUGGCUGUCUUCUGGCUGGGGCCUGGGGAACAGGCAAUGGCACAACUUCAUACAGUGAAAACGUUGGAGCCCUUGGGAUCACAAAGGUUGGCAGCCGCAUGGUUAUCGUAGCCAGUGGUGUCUUGAUGGUUGUAAUGGGUAUGUUUGGUAAAGUAGGUGCCAUUUUCACCACCAUCCCGACACCCGUGGUGGGAGGAAUGUUCCUGGUUAUGUUUGGCGUCAUCUCAGCAGCUGGAGUUUUUAAUCUGCAAUAUGCAGACAUGAAUUCUUCUAGAAAUAUCUUCAUCUUUGGGUUCUCCGUGUUCUCUGGUCUGGUCAUUCCUAACUGGAUAUUUAAGAACCCCAAUACCAUAGAAACAGGUGUGGUAGUGCUGGACCAGGUGCUGCAGGUACUACUGACCACCAGUAUGUUUGUAGGAGGUUUCUUUGGCUUCUUACUGGACAACACCAUCCCAGGAUCGAAGCGUGAACGAGGCAUCGUAGCCUGGAACAACGCUCAUGAGGGCAACUCCAGCAACACACUAGAGAGCGAAGAAGUCUACAACCUCCCCUUUGGCAUUACCUCCUGCUUCUCUUCCUCCUCCUGGGUGCGUUACAUACCUUUCUGCCCUCCCAGCAUGCCGAGGUCCCUGGCCAGUUCUGGAGCGGACACUAACGCCCUGGAGCCCCGGCAGCCAGCUGGAAAUUCAGAGCCGACACAGAUCAUUAUUGGGGUGGCUCUAUGAAGUGUGGACCC